UUGGGUCGAGUCAUCGCCCUAAGAGGUACUUAGGUAGAUAAAAACCACAAAUACAUUGAUGUCUCACAUAUCUCUUCCAGGCUCUCGAGCGUAAGGAUAAUUUUCUUGUUUACUAGUAUUUAUUUUUCCGUUCCAUAUUUAGAGGAAAUCCCUUGGUGAUUUUGAAGUGUCCUUUUCGGCGAAGCCCGGCCGUUUUUUCUUAGCAUCAUGAUUUCAACUAGAACCCCCCAUGGAGCCGCCAUUGAUGGCCGCCAAGCCGUGGAUCGAGCCCCUACUAAUCACGUCGUGCCAAAGCCGAUCCCCGACUCACAGACUCGAGAUCCCCGGAGGUAUCAGCUGAAUCAGUUAAAAAGGCGCUUCUCUCCCAUAGAAAAUACGUUGCAAGACGGAACAACAAAUCUACUAUUCCGGCUCAAACCAUCCGAUCCGGACUUUCCUUUCGAGCUGGAUUAUCUGGAAUGCGAGCUUCGGGUACCUGCAUUGUAUCCAGAGAGACCCCCCGUUCUUCGAGUCAAGAAUAAGGACAUCCCUCGUGGGUUCGCCGUCAAUAUAGAAAGAGGAUGGGACAAGCUUGUCCAUGAAAAUCAAGGCUCAACUCUAUUGGCUCUUAUCAACGCUUUGGACAAAAACCUCGAAGCAUUUCUUUCGGAGCGAAAGACCGAGACUAUAACUCUAUUAUCCUUCAAGGAUACAAGACACCUAAAUGGUCCAGCCGCUGUGUUAGGCGAGCCUUCAUCUCCAACGGUUAACGCACAACCAAAACCUACUCCAACGCCUCGAAGACAGUAUGUACCAGAGGAGUCAUUCACGGAAGAGCAAAUCGCCACUGCGAGAGCAAGGCGAGCGCAAGAGAUCAGACGGCUCGAAUCUCGGAUGUCCCGGAUGCCUCACUACCAAAAAUCCGCGGAUGGAAUCGUUUAUACAUUACCCUUGGAGCCAAGACGACGGAACGAAUUACCGACUGAAUUACAACAAAUUCAAUCAGUUCAGUUGAUCAUUCCCUUACUUUACCCCCUACAACCCUUGCGAGCUCUGCUUAAUAACGUUGAAUCACAAGAUGCUGAGGCCUUGGAGGAAAUCUUUGCAGAAAGGGCUGCUCAACAGAAGCAGAUGAACUUGACGAGUCAUCUAAAUUAUCUCUCACAGAAUAUGCACGCAAUGGCUAAGCAGGCCCACGCAGCAAAAAUGAAAUCUGAGAUGACUUCCAAAAGCGACAAUAGGGUAGCUGAUACCACAGCUCAACGAACGGUAGCUUCGAAGGCUACCAAUGAUGGUGGAAGAAGUCACAUUCAUGUCAUUCCUCGUCCUCCAGAGUGGAGCUACGUCAAUGAAUCAGGAGAAUCGGACAACUCUGACGAUGAUUUCUGGGACUCGGAGGAUGAAUCUGACGAUGGGGGUGCAGCGACCGGCAUACAGAACGAAGGCGUCUCAGUUGUUACGCAGCAGGCUGAAAAAGGCACAGCGAUGUCAUUUCCAUCAAUCGAACUACACGGUAUCGAGCUACUCCAAGUGUCGAUAUUGAACCUCAGCGUUAAAUGCGAGCGCUGUAAAACAUUAAACGAAGUAACGGGGUUAAAACCGGAGGUGGAAAAGACGGGUAGCUGUAAGAAGUGCGCCACAGCAUUUACGGUUAAGUUCCGUCAGGAAAUGGUGCAUCAGAGCUCGGUCAGGGCCGGAUUCAUCGACGUUGCCUGCUGCACCGUCGCCGACAUGCUCCCCAGCACAUUCGUGCCCACAUGCUCUAGAUGUUCGACGCCAAGCCAGGGGCUAGUAACCGUCCGAGGAGACGCCAUCACCAACGUCUGCCGAGAGUGCCACGCCAAGUUCACCUUCAAGAUCCCAGAGGUCAAGUUCCUCACCAUCAGCCACGGGUCCCUACCGCCCCCGGCAGCCGGGCCGCGCAAGCGCGUAGAGAAACUGGGCUUACACGCGGGCGACCCGCUGCCGGAGAAGGGCACGUGUCGGCACUACCGGCGGUCGUACCGGUGGUUCCGGUUCUCGUGCUGCGCCAAGGUGUACCCGUGCGACAAGUGCCACGACGCGGCCGAGGACCACCCGCAGGAGUGGGCGAACCGCAUGGUGUGCGGGUGGUGCAGCCGGGAGCAGAACUACGCGGUGGAGGCGUGUCUGUUCUGCGGCCGCAGCGUCAUCGGGAAGAAGGGGAGAGGGUUUUGGGAGGGGGGGAAGGGGACGAGGGAUAGGACUAGGAUGAGCAGGAAGGAUAAGAGGAAGUUUCGUCGCGUAGGGGGGAGCGAGGGGAGGAAGAAGGAUUAGGGGGGGCUGUGAAGUUGGGUGACACCCCUUGCUCAGGGGUAACUAAGACGCAUAUAUACAAGCAAGUUACGGAAAGGAGACUUGCCAAGAAACCCGCCAUUUCUUACAUAAACAUAUUUUAACCUAUAACUUUCAUUCUGGUGAGUUUAAAUUCGGGAUAACUAUACUAUAUUAGUAACGAUUUAAGAUGGUUUUCACUUUUUUCUUUUCUCCCAAAAUGUUUCCUCCGCUCUUUCACUAAUACUUUUUCAUCUCAUUUAAC